AUGAAAAAGAAGUUGUCUUUGUAAUUUGCAUUACCUGGAAUUGAAAAAGCUUAUUAAUUAGAUCGAUUGAUAAAAAAUGGUUGGAUGAGAAAGAUUCUAUCGAUAUUACUAUUAUUGUUUGCAUUAGCCAGAUUGAUAACUUCAAUUGUUUAAGGAAAUAAUGAAGUUAUGUAUUGGGAAAUCUGUUUUGCUUGUUAUAGUAUAUUUCUUGUAGGUGUUUCUUUUAAAGGAACUCCAGAAAAGGUAAAGAGCAUCUUCUCAUUUACAAACAAUUUGCUAUGUGUAUUGCAAGUUUGUGCUAAUUAUUAUAAAUACCCUUAAUGCAUUUACAUUAAUGGAUAAAAUGUAAUGAUAUUCAACAUGACUAUGUUCUACUUUUCUAGUAUAUAAGAAGCUCCAAUUUAAUUAAUAGUAUUUCUUGGAUCUCGAUUAUUAAUUUCUGGAUUGGUUAAUGAUUUUUUCAUAGUUUAAGAUUUCAUAUAAAUAAUAAUAACUACUCUUUGUAUAUUGUUAUUUAUCUAUUAAAAUGAUUAAAAUUAGAGAGCUCAUUUUUAACUAUAGUUUUCUGAUAAAUAAUGGGGUAAAGUCAAUAAAUUAAAUUAGAAUAAACCUUGCCAGUAAUAAUAUAGAAUCCAUUUUUAAUGUUUACAUUUGAUGAUGAGAGAAUAAAUUUUAAUCUUAAAUUGUAGAAUGAUAUGUAAAAGAUUUUUUGGGAUAAUGAAAAGGCACCAUCAGAAAAUCUAAGAUCAUUUUUGAGAUCUUACAAAAUGGGAAAUGAUAAUCUUGAAUAAUAUAUAUUGAAUAGAACAAGAAGUUGUAGUGAUUAUAAAAAGAUAUUCUUACAUAGUUUAAGAAUUUAAAGAUUUGAUUAGGAAUCUGAAUCAAAAAAGACAGUGAUUAGAUUAUCUGACUUUUAUUUAGGUUAAUAAGUAUUUUUAAUAGAAUUUGAUUAACAUGAAUAAAAGAUUCGUUAACUUUCAAAAUUGAAGGAUGCUCUUAUCUAAGGAAUAAAUUAACAUUAAAAUUUAACUAUUAAUUUCCUCAAGAAAUAAUUGAAUUUGAUGUAAAAUGCUAUAAACUCAAAAAAUACAAUUGAACAUAUUUAUAAAUUAAAAAUUCAUUGCAUGUAUUUUAUUGGCAAAUAUACUUAAUGCAACAGUUUUUAAGAUAUAGAAGAAAAAAUUUAAUAAAUCAAUAUUACAGAAAUGGUUAAAGAUUUGAUACAUACAUAUAGUAUGGCUUAUAAACAUAUAUAAAUUGAAUUUUCAAGUAAUAGUUUUGAGGACAUAUAUGGAUUAACAAAUUAAUAAUUACUGAACAUUUUCUUAGUCAUUCUUUUCUAAACAUUUGUUAGACUUAAUUCAAAUGGAAAAACUAUAUUUGUUCAUUUAGCUGAUACAAAAAGUAAUUCUGAAUUCUAAUUAAUAAAAAUCAGCAUUUUAUUUGAUAAAACAGAAGAAUUUAAAUAAAAAUUGAUUAAUAAUCAAUUAUUCUAUAAAAUAUAAGUGAGAUUAAGUCCAAAGGUUGAUAUCAUAAAUUUAGAAAAUUGUAAAUAUUAAUUAUAUUUUAAAAAGCUUCUCAAUUCUUAAUUUACAAAAAUCUCUAAUAAUUAAAUGAUAUAAGAAUGUUAGAAGAAGAAAUAGAAUGA